AUGGUCGGGCCCAGAUGGAAGCCAAGGCAAGUCCACAAACGCCUUCCGCAUACCGCUACUCACCAUCACGUUAGGAAACCCUCCCUCGCCACCACCAUCAAACCCAGGACCGAAGAAGACCGCGCCGCACGCGAAGUCGCCAACAGCACAUCCCGCCUUCUCCAACUUCCACCAGAGCUCCGCAACCGCAUCUACGAAUACGUCUUACCUUACCGGCAAGAUCUCCGCGGGAGCGUCUGCUACAACCAGCAGUGGAUCUUUUCCCAAUGCCGUAUCUUCCACGCAUCUCGCCAGCUCAGACAGGAAGCACUGUCCCUCUUCGCUGGUUCAAACUUGUUCGAGAUACGCCUCCAUUUUGGCGAACUUCACACGCUCUCGAUGAUGAACGUGCUCUGCCAGGAUCCUGUGGCGGCGAAUGCGCUGCGGAAUGUAGAGGUGGUCUGUAGUUUUACCUGCGCGCAUGCGCACACCAUCAUGCCUUUCUUUGGCUGUGUGUCGGUGUUUUUCGACCGCAAGGCCGGUACCGUGACACGCACGGGAGCUGAGAGUUGGACGAAUAACAUGGAAUGUGAUCGGAAUCUAAAGUACGGCUUAGUGGGGGAGAAGUGUCAGCGGGUAAGGGAGGAGAGAGUGGCGACUCUGUUGCAGGAGGUGCAGGCGGUGGGUUUGCAUGAGAAGGAAGGCGGCUUCAGGAAGGAUGAGCUGGAGGAGCUGGCGGCAAGAAUCGUGAAGAAGCGACGGAAAGGGAGUGGGGUGGUCAUGCCGAAGGUGAAUUUCUUCGGCAGAGCGUUGAAGAGGGAGGCGAGCGUGGUGGGUGGUGCGCUUGAGAGGUACCGGAAGUCGUCGUCUUUCUUGGGGUAG